AUGGAUCCUGGAAGCUCCAAAAAGUUUGACACUGAUUAUUACACUAUGGUGAGUAAAAGAAGAGGACUGUUUCAAUCUGAUGGAGCUCUUCUGUCUGAGACUACAACAAAAGCUUAUGUUCUGAGUCAGAUUUCAAGUGGAUCCACUUUUUUGAAUGACUUUGGACCUGCCAUGGUGAAGAUGGGUCAGAUUGGGGUGCUCACAGGCAAGUCUG